AUGGCAGGGGCCCGCCUAGACCGCACACUUCAAAUUCCAACGGAAGACGGCCGGAUAUGCGACAGCCACCCCCUCGCGGACCUCCCCAAGGGCGGGGCCGAGGUGGCUAUCCAAUGGGUCCAGUGCGAGCUGCCAGCUCAGGCAGACCAGAUCGACCUGAUAGAGACUAUCCAGAUUCUAUGGGCCCGUCUAUGCCUCCACUACCAAGAAGCGCAACGAUGCCGCUCGCCCCAGGCGCUCCACUCUACCCAGGCCAAUCGACCUACCAAGAAACAGAUUACCCAAGUUCCAUGGGUGAACCUCCUAUGCGUCCUGAUACUGCGGGAAGCAUGCGAUCCCCACAAUCUCGUGCCCCCAACGAUAUAG